GCCAUGAACUUCUCGGAGCUGUUCAGGCUCUCGGGACAGCUCGGCCGGUUCUCCCCCGACGGGAAGUGCCUGGCUUCGUGCGUGCAGUACCGCCUGGUGGUGCGGGAGGUGAGCACCCUGCGGAUCCUCCAGCUCUACACCUGCCUGGAUCAGAUCCAGCACAUGGAAUGGUCCUCGGACUCCCUCUUCAUCCUCUGUGCCAUGUACAAGCGUGGGAUCGUGCAGGUCUGGUCCUUGGAGCAGCCAGGCUGGCACUGUAAGAUAGAUGAGGGCUCAGCAGGAUUGGUGGCUUCAUGCUGGAGCCCCGAUGGUCGUCACAUCCUCAACACAACAGAGUUCCAUCUGAGGAUAACUGUGUGGUCCUUGUGUACAAAAUCUGUGUCUUACAUCAAGCAUCCCAAAGCCUGCCAGCAGGGAAUAGCUUUCACGAGGGACGGCCGCUACAUGGCAGUGGCUGAGAGACGAGACUGCAAGGACUUUGUCAGCAUCUUCGUGUGCAGUGACUGGCAGCUUCUCAGACAUUUUGACACUGAGACACAAGAUCUCUUUGGGAUUGAAUGGGCUCCUAAUGGCUGUGUUCUGGCAGUGUGGGAUACGUGCCUGGAGUAUAAAGUAUUGCUGUACUCCCUUGAUGGCAGACUGCUCUCCACCUAUCAGGCUUAUGAGUGGUCAUUGGGCAUCAAAUCAAUUGCCUGGAGUCCCAGCAGUCAAUUUUUGGCAGUUGGCAGCUAUGAUGAAAAGGUGAGGAUUUUGAACCACAUAACUUGGAAGAAGAUCACAGAGUUUGAGCAUCCAGCAACUGUUGUUAAUACCAAGACUAUUGUGUAUAAAGAAGUGGAGAAAUCCUCAUCUGUUGAAACAGAGAGACUUUCUUUCCCUCCAACAAGAGCAUUGGCUAGUUCUCUCUUCAGCACACAAAGUAAAUAUGACAUUGCCCAGGUGCCAGUUUCUUUACAGUAUGUCAAACCAGUUGCUGACAGGGCAAAUCCCAAAAUGGGAGUUGGGAUGUUGGCGUUCAGUCCAGAUAACUGUUUCCUGGCAUCCAAAAAUGAUAACAUUCCUAACAGUGUCUGGAUCUGGGACAUUCAGAAGCUGAAGCUGUUUGUAGUCUUGGAGCAGCUCUGUCCCAUCCAAUCUUUCCAGUGGGAUCCACGACAGCCCCGGCUGGCUGUGUGUACAGGAACCAGCAAAGUCUUCUUGUGGUCCCCAGCUGGCUGUGUGGCAGUGCAGGUGCCAAUGGAAGGUGACUUCCAGAUUGUCUCCCUCUCCUGGCAUUCCAGUGGAGACUCCAUGGUGCUCCUGAGUAAGGACAACUUCUGUGUGUGUUACUUGGAAAGAGAAGAGGUAAAAUAACAAUAGUUGUUGUUGUUUGAAAUGCUGACAGGCUUGUGAGCAAGAGUGAGGAAAGGGGUCAAACCCUGUUGCCCAAUCUGAAGUGUUUGUAUUUAUAAAUUAUUUAUUUGAAGGAGCAUAACCAAACCCCAAUGUGUAAAGUUCUGUGAUUGCCUCUGAAGGAAGUGAUGUAGCAACUGAAGUGUAGAGAAUGAAGUCUGGAUUUCAAAAACCUUUAGGACUGAUCUAGUUGAACUUUGUCAGCUAUGAAACCUUAU